ACGCAAAGUAAGAGAGACAAAGGGGGCAAAGCCGAGAGGAUGAAAGCGAAUGUGAGUGCGUGAGUGACUCUGUGUGUAACAUGCUCUGUCAUGCUGGUGUGACUACCGCUGCCUCUCCAACCGGCGUCGGUGACUGUCAGGAAAAGGAAUGUUUUCCGGAGGAAUGAGUCCCUGAACCGGUUCACCAUGUGGAUGUGGGACAGUAAUUUCCAAACCUUUGCCGGAAGAAUCCCACGGAAAAAAGAGCAGCGGCCGGAGAGCUUAGCUGGUCCUGCCGGGUGGGCGCCUGUGAGCUCCUACUGCCGAGACUCUCUUGCUUAAAGACACUUCAUGCUGGGCUUAAGCCUACUUCCAGUUUCUUUUUUUAUUGUCUCACUUAUUGGGAUUUUUAUUUCUCUUCUGGAACUCAGUGGAUUUUAUGGUGCUGUGUAGUUUGAUUUUUAAGAUUGCUUUGUUGAAUGGAAGCCAGCCCUUUUUGUGGUGAUGCACUAGGACCAAACCAGUGAAGUUGGAAGUUCAGAGAGGGCUUUUUACUGGAAGACUAGUCUGAAUGGGCGCAUCACAACACUGGACUGCAAAAUGGGACACUACGUGUUGUACUCAGGCCUGCAGAUACUGUGGGACAGUGUCUGUAGAUAGAUAGCUAGUCAGAUAGAAAGGGUGAAAGGUUAACAGGCAGGGGAUCAGCCCUGACACAGCUUCGUUAUGAAGCCUGGACAGUGUCCAGGUGUUCCCACUGACAGGUCAAUGAUGCACCUCAGCCAUUUUCCUUUUAGAAGGCACUCCUGGAUAUGUUUUGAUGUGGACAAUGGCACGUCAUCAGGUCGCAGCCCCCUGGACCCCAUGGCCAGCCCGGGCUCAGGCCUCAUCCUGCAGGCCAAUUUUGUCCACAGCCAACGGAGAGAGUCGUUCCUCUACCGCUCAGACAGUGACUACGACCUCUCUCCCAAGUCUAUGUCCCGAAACUCCUCCAUUGCCAGUGACAUUCAUGGUGACGAUAUGAUUGUAACGCCAUUUGCACAGGUUCUUGCCAGCUUGAGAACUGUACGAAACAACUUUGGUGCAUUAACUAAUCUACAGCAAGACAGAGCAUCCAAUAAGAGAUCGCCCAUGUGUAACCCACCACCUAUCACCAAGACCACCUUUACAGAGGAGGCCUACCAGAAACUGGCCACCGAGACCCUGGAGGAGCUGGACUGGUGUCUGGACCAGCUGGAGACGCUGCAGACAAGACACUCAGUCAGUGAGAUGGCCUCCAACAAGUUUAAGAGGAUGCUGAACAGGGAGCUGACUCACCUAUCAGAGAUGAGCCGCUCUGGGAACCAGGUGUCUGAGUUCAUCUCCAGCACCUUCCUGGACAAGCAACAUGAAGUGGAGAUGCCAUCCCCUCAGACGCAGAAGGAGAAGGAGAAGAAGAACAAGCCCAUGUCUCAGAUCAGCGGGGUGAAAAAGCUGCAACACUCCUCCAGCCUCACGAACUCUAAUAUCCCUCGCUUCGGCGUCAAGACCGAGACCGAGGAUGAACUCGCUAAGGAGCUGGAGCAUGUGAAUAAAUGGGGCCUUAAUGUUUUUAAAAUCUCAGAGUUCUCUGGGAAUCGGCCGCUGACAGUCAUGAUGUACACGAUAUUCCAGGAGAGAGACUUGUUAAAAACUUUUAAAAUUCCACUCGACACCUUUAUAACAUACCUGAUGACCUUAGAAGACCAUUAUCAUGGCGAUGUGGCCUACCAUAACAACAUCCAUGCUGCUGACGUCACCCAGUCAACUCACGUGCUGCUAUCCACCCCUGCCCUUGAGGCUGUGUUCACAGACCUUGAGAUCCUAGCUGCCAUCUUUGCCAGUGCAAUUCACGAUGUGGACCAUCCUGGAGUCUCCAACCAGUUCCUCAUCAACACCAAUUCAGAGCUGGCGCUGAUGUACAAUGACUCGUCGGUGUUGGAGAACCACCAUCUAGCAGUUGGUUUCAAGCUUCUACAGGAGGAGAACUGUGACAUCUUCCAAAACCUGACCAAAAAACAAAGACAAUCACUGCGAAAGAUGGUCAUUGACAUCGUGCUAGCAACAGACAUGUCCAAGCACAUGAAUCUACUUGCUGAUCUGAAAACUAUGGUGGAAACCAAGAAGGUGACCAGCUCUGGUGUCCUGCUGCUGGACAACUACUCUGACAGGAUACAGGUCCUCCAGAACAUGGUGCACUGUGCAGACCUGAGCAACCCCACUAAGCCUCUCCAGCUGUACCGGCAGUGGACGGACCGCAUCAUGGAGGAGUUCUUCAGCCAGGGGGACAGAGAGAGGGAGCGGGGCAUGGAGAUCAGCCCCAUGUGUGACAAACACAACGCUUCGGUAGAAAAGAACCAGGUUGGUUUCAUCGACUACAUUGUUCACCCGUUGUGGGAGACAUGGGCUGACCUGGUCCACCCUGACGCCCAGGACAUCCUGGACACGUUGGAAGACAACAGGGAGUGGUACCAAAGCACCAUCCCCCAAAGCCCCUCUCCUGCCUUGGACGAGCCUGAAGACGGCACUCGGCCCCCGGGAGGGGACAAGUUCCAAUUCGAGCUCACCCUGGAGGAGGACGGGGAGUCGGACACUGAGAAAGACAGCGGCAGCCAGCCGGAGGAGGAGGAAGAGGAGGAGGAGGAGGAGGAAGAGGAGGAAAACAGCUGUACUGACUCUAAAACACUCUGCACGCAGGACUCUGAAUCAACAGAGAUUCCUUUGGACGAACAGGUGGGGGAGGACGAAGAAGAAGAGGAGGAGGAGGUGGCGGAAGAGGGGGAGACACCCUGCUCGCAGCCAUGUGUGGUGGAGGAAGAGGUAGCAGAGGAGGAGGAGGAGGAGGAAGAGGAGAAACCCCCACACACAUAGCAGUUUAUGGACAGCACCUGAUUAACUGUUCUUCUUAGUAAUGCCAGAUGAUUAUUUAUAGAAUAUUUUUGGGUUUUGUGGAGUCUGUUUGUGUUUUUUAUACAUCCAUGUUUCUGGUUCCAAAGCGUGCGCUGCUCCCCACCUCGGCCACUCCUCCUGUCAGCUUCGUUCAGACACGCCCACCGGUACUCUUUCCAGUUUUUUUGCACUCAGGAAAACUCCUUUCCAUUCCCGUUUGUACUGAAGUGGUGUGUCUUUAUUUCGCUUUCACACCUCCCCUUUACGAGCUUUCGUUUAGGCCAUGGACGAGCAGCUCUCAGUCCGCUCGCUGCUGUUCAUACGAUACGUAACAUUUUCCUUCCCUCCGCUUCGUCUCAGCCUUGCCUGAAAGUUUAGCAGUGUUUCUGUGUUUUAUCAAGUGCCCAUACUCUACAGAGACGGUCAUCGGUGUGUUCAAGGAGAAUCUCCCUCUCGGUUAGGUCGCUUCCUCCCCACUGCGAAUUAGGAGGCAUUUCGCACCGCCGUUCCGCCAAAAACCUGACGGGACGCCGCAGAGAUGACAGCUGCAGCACACUGGGGAGCUUUUCGAGACACGUUUCUGAUGUCGGAAGUCUUCCUUGAAAAACCUGACUGAUACAAAGCUCAAAUCUAAACAGCCAUGAUGCUGUCCUAGACCUCUUUAAUUUUUGUAUCGUACUGUACGUAAGAUUCAGAUAUUUUCUAGAAUUUACUUUUGCAAUCUUAGGCUUUCUUUUGUUAGCAAAGAGGAUACGAGAACUUUUGGAAACCAAUGGGGAGAAGUGGUGUCGAAGUGUUUGGAAGGGGUGUCUUCACGGCUGGAUUACAUUAGGAGUGUUCUGAGGUGUUUGCACUUGCUCCGAUAGCAUUUAUACUACUACUCCCAUGCCACUAUACUCAUGUUUGGUUCGUCCUGUGAGUUGAAAUUCGGAAUUCAUGACGACUCUUGUUUUGGUGAGAGUUUUCUCUGAGAAGGAAGCGGGAACCUGAAGUCUCGUGCUUCACUCUCAUUGAAACAGUUUGUGAUGUGGAUGAAGCCUUUGAAUUUUAUUAUUGUUGCCUGCAGUUCUUUUGAACACAUCCUGAGACAAUGCAAUGCUUUGUAGUAGAUACAAGAAGCACCUUUUUUUAGAAGCUUAUUAGUGCUCCGACUAUACAGAAACGGUAAAGGUGUUAAUAACUAUUGGGGUGAUUUUAUACAGAUGUUUUGAAAGCUUUGACGUACGCAUCGCCAACAGCUGCAUGCCUGCUUGUUUUCAGCCUCUUCCUCUUCUGUUCAGCUGUAAGAGUUUAUUUUUCAUCACAGGAAUGUUUCAUUUCGCCGUUACAACAUGAAACCCAGUUGCUGUCUUUGUUUUCCACAAGACAAUCAGCUCCGUUACGUAGUCAUCAGAGAAGACUAUCCUCUACUUAGAUACUCUAAUGCACUGAUAUAUUCAUAUAUCACCACUUUAACAUUUUUAGUGUGUUUAAACUCGCCAAAACACUCACUCAUGAAUACUUCGGCUUGAACAGUGCUGUCUUACACUUCGGCCAAGAGUCUCUUCCUCAUUUUUCACUUUACACCUGAUGCUAUUAUUUAUUGGUAUAUAUUUUUCUAUUUGUUGAGUCGUUUUUGCAAUAUAAAGGUGGUACAGUAAAUAUUUCACUGUAGCAUAGACCACAGUGCAGGCUUGCCAGUUACAAUACCCAAAUAUACUUUUUCUCUCUCUCUCUCUCUCUCUGUACAUAAAAUAUAGAAAAUCAACAAAUGUAAAAAAAAAAAAAAGAGAAAAAACACUUGAAAUACUGCACACUGCUUUUUUUUAGGAGUGCUUGUUUUAAUUAUGUGACAUUUCCAAACUUUUUAUUUAAUCUUUAAUUUGUGCCAAGAUUUUUUUUCUCUCUCUCUUUUUUUCCAUCCUCACCCGAUGCCCUUACCUGUAAUAAAAAUUUCUGGUUUUAUCGCUGUUAUAUUUAUUGUGCUGUAUAUAAUAUAUAAUUAUUAAUGUUAUUACUAUCAUAAUGCCGUUUGUCGUAAAUGGUUGAUUCUUAUCAUCCCUUUUGGUGAUGGUGUGGCUGUAUUACGUACCUCUUGUUGAGAGAAUGUUUAUUACACAUGAGCUUCAGUGUAAAAAUGAUCCAUCGACAUGUUGCUUAUCUGAGAACUAGCUCAGUGAAGAGAGGGGGAAAGCCAAAUUGUUUUUUAAAAAGAAACUGUUCCUUGGCCCAUGGGCUGUGCCUUAAAUUCAACACAUGUCAUUUCCUUUAGCCUCUUUGUUUUCUAGAUUAUUUUCUAGUUCUCUUUUGCUGCAUUAGUGAACCUUUUGGCUCGGGUUGGCCUGACGUCCUGUUGCGAAUUUGAAAAUGUUGCCUUCCUACUAUCACAGCCAAACACAAAUUGCUCUAUCAGAAACGUGGCACAGGAAAAUAUGUUGUCGGUGCAGAAGCUCGCAGAGACUCAGGUCAGCCAUGAGUCAUAGAUUUGCUACUUGAGUGAUGUGUGGCCUAUAGCCGGAUGUCCAAGAGUCGUAUUUUGCUGUAGACCUGGUCUGAACAACUCGCACCUUCCUUACGCCCUGCCACUACAGAGGUGUGACACAGCCCGUCGGACACAAACGAUGCAGGAGUAACUUCACUUUCAGUUGCUGCGGUGUCGUCUUCGCAUCCACGCGGCCGUGUCACAGCUACAAACACUGAAUGGGGCGCAACAGGAGUGUGUGGUCGCUGCUCGACCACAGCCUACGAAGCACAGAGGCUUUGAGACACAUCUGCAUGUUCAGCCACUGCUGCAUUAAUUAUGGCUGAAACACUGACGGUGUGUUGCUUAUCUAUGCUCGGCCCACACUUCCACUCACGUUACUUGCAAUAUCUAAAAACCACUGACAUUUUUCUGCCUGGACAGGAGAAGGGUUUAGUGUAUUUCUGUAGUGAAAGGGGUGUUGGGGGGUGGGAUAGGGGUUUGGGUGAGUGCAUCAUUGUUCCGAGAACGGGACUCUUCUUUUGACACACAUACUGUAGAUUCUAAACAGCCCUGGACCAAUGGAAACAGUGGGUUCUUUUCUCAUUCUGUGUUCUAUUUUUUAUGGUAUGAAAGGAAAACACAAACUGUAACUUAAAAAAAGGUCUUCAGGACAAUUAUUUUUUGGGUUAUGUCUUUAGAAUGCCAACUUGUCUGGAAGUUUCACAAGACAAUUAAAAUGUUAUUUUAAUGGAUUCCUUGUUAAUUGCAGUUUAUUGGAUAGCACUGUAGAUCAUACAACUUUAUGUAAAAAACAAGUAAAAAAGAAUGAAAAAAAAGUUUUUAUAUGCAAUGGAUUAAAUAAAAGCAUGGGUUGAUUCUGCCUAC